AUGUCAGAUACGCUGUCUGAUGCACCAAGCUUGCCUCCUGAUGUUGAAUCUGAAGAUGAUAACAAAGACGCAUCUGAAGCAAGAUCCGUAAGUCUUCCCUCUGACGUUCAAUCUGAUGCUGAGCCUGGAAAUCUUCAAAAGCAUUGCAGCUGCCGAUUGCAAUGUUACCUGAAGUUUGAUGAAGCAGAAAUCGAACAUCGACGUGCUGAAAAUUUGAAGGAUCAGCAGGUUCGACUCCAGAAUUUAUUUGGAAAGGUGAAAUCUUUCGUGGAUGCUUUAUCUGUAAAGACUGCUCGCAUAGAUUGGCAAAUGGGUGGCCAAAAAGUGUGCAGGCCCUUUUGGGAGUAUUGCCACUCAGUAGGCCACAAACAAGUGGACGACAUGGUGAAAUUGGCUAAGCUUGGACAUGCUGCUCUCCCUGAAAAAGGCGCCCGGAUGCCCAAGGAGAAGCCUCGCAUGGAUGAGGCUGAUGUUUGGUUCCUCAACUUAUAUACAGGUCUUGCAGAGCCGACACCAGUGGAAGAUGGUGGCCAUCGCCAUGUGGAAGAACUUCCUGAUGCAGAUCAAGUGCAUGAAGUUGUCCACGAUGUUAGCCAUCCACUAUAUUCAAUGUCUGUUGGUGUUGGCAACCAGGGGGCAUUGGUCCCGAAGCGUUUCCUCAAUCAGGAGAAUUUGGCUUCUUUGUGGCAUGUCUACGAGCUGAACAAGUCGGAUGAGCCACGUGUGUCCCGGGAUACCUUCACCAAAGCUUUCAAUCGACACUGGAAAAGGAUUUUAUGCUUCAAGGGUUAUGGUCAAGGAGUACGAUGUCAAGUUUGUGCUGAUUUUGAUGAGAGGCGUUCGCAGCUGACUUCAAAGAAGGAGCGCCAGGAGAUUGACGAGUUGAAGCAGCAGCACCUCAACAGAUGUGACAUGGACCGAUCUGUCAAUGUCAGGGGCAACCGAUUGUCAAAGCAGGAUUCAAAUUUUAAGAUGGAGAACUCCUCGACUAGCUUCCUCAAGGUGUUGGUGGACGGGAUGGACCAGGCAAAAUUUCGAUGUCCCAGAAACUUGAAAGCCAAUGUAGCCUUCGCCAAUGUCCAAAGGCCGGCCUUGCAUCUCACUGGAGCUGUGGCAAUUGGCCUCUGCGAGGUUUAUUAUAUUCUUGCGCCUGACGCCAAGAAGGACAGCAACAUGGUUGCAACUUGCUUGGCCCACCUUUUGGACAGAUGCCAACUUGUUGUCGAAAAUAGAGGACCAGAUUAUUGCUUGCCAAGACAUCUCAUCAUUGGAGCGGACAAUUGCACCAGGGAGACGAAGAAUGCCUAUUUGGCCCAAUUCGGUGCCUUCCUUGUGGGAAGGGGUUUAUUUGAUUCAGCGGAGUUUCAGUUUAUGGUCACUGGCCACACAAAGAAUGAGCUGGAUCAGCGCUUUUCAAGCGUUGCGACGAUUUUGAACAAGGCUGGCACCCUGGAAACGCCAUUGCAAUUUGCCAACUACAUGACGCACCAUGUUAAGCCAGCAAUGGCAACCGAGAUGCAGGUGGAGGUCUUGGAUGCUACUAGGGAUUGGCAAGCUUUCUUUGAACAUUUGAGCAUGCACGUGCAAGGGCUCACAGCGACCCACCUUCAGCCUGAUUCAAACCAUGUUUGGCGCUUUGUCUUGCGACAGCAAAUUGACCGUGCCCAAAUGGUGGAGAACCACAACCCAAACUGGAAGGAUUUUCCUGAAGACCCCAGGGAUGUUGUGCUGAUUCUCAAGCAGUGCCUUGGUUUUUUCCUGGUCUUCCCAGCCUUUGGGGAUCUGAAGAGUCAGCACUCAAGAGGCACCGACUACACUACUUUCCUGCGAAAGUACAACCAGCAGUCUGUUGCGGCUCACCAACUUCGCGGUCGCAAGCAAACUGCACUGAAGCUCCUCUUCGAAAGCGCUCCCAAGGACGUGCUGGAUGAGAUCCUCAACCAUGUUGGAACUCUUGGAUGGGAGAAUUGUGCUUGGACUGAGGAGAAUUUGGCUUCAAAACGUCUCUUCCCAGGACACGUUUUCCCAGCCAAGAACAGGAAGUGGCAACAGAGAUUGAGAGUCAGCGACAGGUCCUUGAGAAUUAUGGUUCUCAGGAUUCAUUGGGAGCAGGAGCACCAGUCUUGUGAGAAGCGCAGCCAGAAGAAGCCGGAUGACAGAGCUUGUGAGCUACUGGCUGAAAAAGCAGCUUGCCUCGUUUCCUUAGCAGAUGAGUUUUGCUCUGAGCAUCCCAUCACCAUGGAGACAGUCCAGAAGAAGAUACUGGAUGAGUGGUCCUCUGGAUGCAAGCGCAUUGACAUGGAGCUGGCCGCGCAGUUACUGGAGAAGUCAGAAUGUCAUGUGGUUGACCUUGGAAAGACAAAUGCCUUCUUUCAGUCGGAGCUUCGCAAGGCUGGGCGAACUGAUCCUUGCAAGCAAAUGGCCGCCAAGGACUUGAAGGAAAUGGAAGACAUGGCUGAUGACAGCCUCCCAAGCACAACUUCAAGCAAUCACAUCUCUGGAGCAGCCAAGCAUUGUCAGUUUGGCCGUCCUGCUGCAGAAGAGGUCUUUCGCAAGGCCUUCAACCAAGUUGACCUGGAGAAAUUUCCAGCUGUGCUGAUCGUGGACCUCUUCCCCCGAGUUGGUGAUUUUGCAGGUGCUUUUUGCCGCCUCCGGACCCAAUUGAAUGCUGGGACCAGCUUGUUCUACAUUGGUGUCGGAGAGAAGGCCAAAGAAUUGGAAUGGCUUCGCGCGACUUUGCUCGAAGAGUUGGUGGAGAAAGUGAAGCUGGAAGGCUUUCAAAUUCCUGGUGCUCAGCCAUUUCAGAAAGAAGUCAACCCAGACCUCCUGGAUGCACUUCCCGCAAUUCCAAUUACCAAUCUUCUUGUUGUGAAAGGUGAAGGUGAAGAUCGAAGUCUGGUGCUGCCAAAGCACUUGAUGCUGAAGUGGCGUUCUGAUGAAGAUUUCGGCGAUGAAUUUUCCAAGUGGCUUGACGCAUUUUUGGAAAAGUAUUCAGUGAGUGAAGAUGCAGACAAUUCUUCACCCAACAACAAGAGACAAAACAGUGAAGAAAAAACAUCGGAGGCUGAACCGAGCCCAAAAAGGUGUCGAGUGGAGGAAGUGCCUGCAGAAUGCUUGCUUCCUUGUGACAAAAUUGCAGAGACGCUUCUAUUUGAGACGAAGCUUGGAGGAAAAGAUACCAUUGGAUUCCAGAUCCGCACCAACCACCAGCUCUAUUUGGUCAACCAGACCUCCCAUGAGCUCAGUCUCAAAGCAAUGUCGCCUUUGGUUGGAUUUGGCAGGGGAUCGUUCAAGUUGUUCAAGGAAGGUGACACACUACCUGAGAAAGCUUUGCUUUUUCACAUUGCUUCCUCAGAUGCCUUGGUUUGCCUCAACGGUGCUGUGCAGACAAUUUCAGAAGUGCUAUUCAACCAAAGAAAAAUCAAGCCUGAGGCUACUGUCUGCUACCACAAGGCUACACCUUCUGGGCAAAAAACUGAUGGCCAGACAUUGUUUGACUUCAAGUUGACCCACAAAAUUUGCUUUGUGCCGCCGACGAAACGAGAUGGAGCAGAUGAAGGAGCAGAAAAACCCGGCAAAGAAGAGACUAUAUCCUUCACCAACAUCGCCUCACGCGAAACAGCUGGUACUUUUUGUGAUUUGCAAUGCGCAAGUCUGAUUUGGCAUGUGCGCUGGACAGUCAAGGGGCUGCAGCCGCUGAAGCCCAUGAUCCAUUUAACCAAAAAGCUUUGCCUUGCUGCAGGUCAGUGCUGCAAACUCAAUAAGCAAUGA